ACACAGCGAUUCGUCCAUUUCGUUUUUCAUUUACCUCGUCCCCGGUGCCCAAAUUCAAAACCGCUGCCUGACUUGCGCAAUAACAUCGCAUCACGUCGAUACCAACGCGCCUUGAUCUGAAUUUUUGGUUCAUUUCCAUUUCAUAAAUGCCAGAGCUUGCUGUCGUAGACAGCCAGGCAACGGAGAAGUAUUUGCGAAUAGCAUCAAUCUCCAUUGCAUUAUAUGAUUAUAUCAUCACCCUCCCCGCAGAAUGGCGGUUCUACCGAAGCCAGUCGUCAAUUUUUCGUCUCCGUCUUGCCUGCGUCUUAUUCAUUCUCAUACGCUAUGGUAGUAUCGUGGUCAUGAUACUCAGUAAUUACGGAGUCUUCUCCACCAGCUUUACCCAAGAAACAUGUCACCGUUACUAUAUGGUGGCGCCUGUCUUCAAAGUCAUACAAACUAUGAUAUCACAGGUCAUCCUAGGUGUCAGGACAUUCAAUAUUGCAAGGAGGGAUAAGCGGAUAGGAAUUUCACUGAUUGUGCUAUACUUCGUCUCAGUUUCGCUGGAGUGGUUCACCAAUAUGUUUGACCGGAUUCCCGUCAUUGUUAAUGGAAAUUGCACCCCAGGAAAUUCUGGUAAAAUACUGUCAGCAUGGUUCUAUUACAUCGUUGCGAUGUUGUAUGACCUCGCAGUCUUGACCAUCUCCACCGUAUAUCUUCUGCGUUACAAUCCUCUCAGUAGCAGACUAGAACGAUUGGUGCGGGUCCUGAUCUAUGAUGGCAUUGGAUAUUUCGUCGUGCUAACAGGGUCGAACAUAUUUAACAUCAUCCUUUAUCAUACGUCCGAUAUUCAGACCCAGGCGGCAGGGGCAUCACUGGGUUUCGCUGUGAUAUGGAUUAUGAGCCAACGGAUUCUCAUCCAUCUACGAGAGCUGUCAGAAGCAGAGACCCGACGUGUGGACAACGUGGUCGCCGCGCGUUCCCCGCAAAUUGCUCGGGAUGUGGUGCCCGCUCUCCGACCUCCGCCCGACUCUAAAAGUUAUGAUCCUGAAUGUGCACUCGCAUCGUUUAGCAAUAUGCAGACCGAUGACAUGGAACUCGACAUAUGCGCAUGCGUUGAGCCCUCGGUGACGUUGGACCACACGAACGAAUGUGGGCUUUCCAGCUCAUGGGGUAACCCGAUGGAAAAAUAAAUCUGGGCACGAUGCAAUGUGUAACCCCGCUGUAUGUACAGCGGCAUCUGCAGUGUUAUAUCAUUCGAGGCAAUCUACACGACAAGGUAACAUGCAAGUGUCCAAAGUAUUGGACCUUGCUUCCCUUGAUUCGAAAAAUCGGACAUGUGUAUACUACGCAGAAAUGACGUUUUGUACAAGUAGAUGGAAAUAUUCCUCGAUGUUGCGAAACGAAACAACGGUCGUUUGCAUUGAGACCCGCCGGUGGAGUGCAGGAGCCGAGGCGUUAGAUACGUUGUGCCGACU